AUGAAUGAGGUUCUUAGUAAUCAAUUAUCGAGUGAAUCGGCUCGUCGGAGCGCGGCGCGACACACACUAGGGCGGGCGGACUCGGCAGCGUUACGUCAGCGAGGGGCGAGGGUCGGGGGGCCUAGAAGGGUCGCGGGGCGAACUCGGCUGAGAAAGGGGGGGGGGGGAGAAGAGCUGCGCCCCGCACUGCUGCAUCCUCCGAGCGCCUCUUCGCCCGGCUUCGAUGAAAAACGUGACAUCUCUCGCGCCACCCGCCCUACG